AUGUUGCUUUUUGCGCGCAACACAGGUGGCAAGGCCUCAGUCCGAGUAAGCUCCUCCUAUUCCUCAUCACUUCAAAAUCCUUUUUCCCUUUUCUUCACUCCUUCAUUCCCCUCCUCUCAAAAUUCAAUUUUUGCUCGCCCCAUGAUCUGGUUCACCAGCUUUCUGUGUGUUAUGAGAUACCCAAUUGUCUCUAAACCUUCAUUUGAUGACAUUGCUUCCGAAUCAAUGCGUAGUUUCUUGCACAAGGACGGUCCCCACCUUUUUGAGUCGGCAUUGGCACCCAUUUGGGUGUCUAAGGUUUUGGUUAAACUGAAAGGGGACCCAAAAUUAGCCCUUAAGUUCUUCACGGAGGCAGGGGCGCGAGCCGGGUUUCGCCAUGUGGCGGAGUCUUACUGCGUUUUGGCCCACAUUUUGUUUUGUGGGAUGUUUUAUCUUGAUGCCAGAAGUGUAAUUAGGGACUGGAUUCUGUUGGGGAGGAAAUUUCCGGGUUGUGACUUUUUUGAUAUGAUGUGGUCUACCAGAAAUGUUUGUAGGCCAGGGUUUGGAGUGUUUGAUACCUUGUUUAGUGUUUUAGUGGAUUUAGGGAUGCUUGACGAGGCUAGGCAAUGCUUUUGGAAGAUGAACAAGUUCAGGGUUCCGCCAAAAGUAAGGUCUUGUAAUGAGCUUCUUCACAGGCUUUCAAAAUCAGACAAAAGAAGAUUGACAUUAAGUUUUUUCAAGGACAUGGUUGUGGCUGGCCUCUCGCCCUCCGUUUUUACAUAUAAUACAGUAAUAGGCUGUCUGGCCAGAGAAGGGGACUUAGAAACUGCUAAGAGUUUGUUUGAAGAAAUGAAAGGUAUUGGUCUUAGGCCGGAUAUUGUCACUUAUAAUUCUCUGAUUGAUGGUUAUGGAAAGGUAGGGUUGUUAACCAAAGCAGUUAUUGUAUUUGAGGAAAUGAAAGAUGUAGGAUGUGAACCAGACGUGAUAACAUAUAAUUCUCUUAUUAAUUGCUUUUGUAGAUUUGAAAGAAUUCCUCAAGCUUUUAACUAUCUGCAUGAGAUGAGGCACAGACGAUUACAACCAAAUGUUGUAACUUAUAGUACAAUAAUUGAUGCAUUUUGCAAGGCAGGCAUGCUACUGGAAGCAAAUAAAUUUUUCGUUGACAUGAUACGUGUGGGUCUCCGACCCAAUGAGUUCACGUUUACUUCUCUGAUUGAUGCAAAUUGUAAAGUAGGUGAUCUCAAUGAAGCAUUUAAACUGGUAAGUGAGAUGCAGCAGGCUGGUGUUAACUUAAAUAUUGUCACCUACACUGCAUUACUUGAUGGUCUUUGUGAAGAUGGAAGAAUGAGAGAAGCAGAAGAAUUAUUUGGAGCAUUGUUGAAAGCUGGAUGGACUCUUAAUCAGCAGAUUUGUACUUCUCUUCUUCAUGGAUAUAUUAAGGGUAAUAUGAUGGAGAAUGCCAUGUACAUCUUAGAGGAAAUGAACAAGAGAAACCUCAAACCAGAUAUAUUGUUGUAUGGAACUAAAAUAUGGGGCCUUUGCAGACAAAAUAAUAUACAAGAUUCUGAGGCUGUAAUUCACGAAAUGAUGGAUUGUGGUAUGACUGCAAAUAGUUAUAUAUAUACAACCCUUAUGGAUGCAUAUUUUAAGAUAGGGAAAACCACAGAGGCUGUUAAUCUAUUACAGAAGAUGCAAGAAUUGGGUAUCAAGACAACAGUGGUAACAUAUGGUGUACUAAUUGAUGGUUUAUGCAAAAAAGGUUUCAUUCAAGAGGCUGUUAGUUACUUUGACCACAUGGCUAUAACUGGAUUGCAACCUAAUAUUAUGAUAUAUACAGCUCUGAUUGAUGGCCUCUGCAAAAAUGAUUGUGUUGAAGAAGCCAAGAAGUUGUUCAAUGAGAUGCUGGAUAAGGGAAUCAGUCCAGAUAAAUUAGUUUACACUUCUUUGAUUAAUGGAAACAUGAAGCAUGGAAAUCCGGAAGAAGCUUUGAAUUUGCGAAAUAAAAUGGUUGAAAUAGGUAUGGAGCUAGACUUGCAUGCUUAUACUUCACUGAUUUGGGGUUUUUCUCGUCGUGGUCAACUACAACAGGCUAAGGCAUUCCUAUAUGAGAUGCUCGGGAAAGGCAUUAUUCCCGAUCAAGUUCUCUGUAUUUUUCUACUGAGAAUGUAUUAUAAAGUAGGAGACAUCAAUGAAGCUUUGACACUUCAAGAUGAUAUGAUGAUGAGGGGCCUAAUUUCAGGGACUAUUGACAUGACAGUUCCUUCUGUACACAGUUGA